UUCCUCCAGCGCGGACGUGUAUAUCGCGCGUUGUGCCAGCGUGGUUGCCUACUUCCACGCUCCCCUCCCCUCCCUCACUCUCUCACCGCAACCCCUUCCUUUGUGUUCCUUUGUGCUGGAACGUCGAAAAUUAUAGAUCUCCACAUUUGUUCCUUUAUUUCCUUCAUUUCUCUCUUCCUCUUCUUUUAGUGUUUAUCUAUUUAUUUAUUUAUUUAUUCUCUCCUCCCCCAUUCCCAUGUCUCUCUUUUAUGUGAGAUAACGGUGAAAAAAAAUUGAUUCAAGGAAGAGAACUGAAGAGAGGCGCAAUCCAUGUCUCGUUUUCUUAUCAAAAUUCAAGUGCACGGGAAAGAAAACGUGAAUCUCUACUAAGACUUCUGCUGCAGUCACCACCACCACCACCACCACCACCACUACCAGCACCAUCACCACCAUCAGCACCGGAUAUCCCAACACUCACCAACAUCGUCCCAUUGGAGGCUGCCGUGACGUGACAGGCCUCUUGAUGAGUUGACGAUGUUGGCAAUACUGACAACUCUUUAUGCCCUCCUCGCCACGGCCUACGCGUGUGGCGAGGUGGGGCCCAGGGCGGAGGUUAUCUGCUACUCGGCCACACGCACCCCGCCACCCACCCUAGACGCCUGCCAUUGCACUGUACUCGUGGUGGAAGGUGCCGACCUCGACCACGACCUUCUGCUGACGUCCGAUACGGACUUCGCCAGCUACAAUGCACUCAAGACAGUCAAUCCAGAGCUGAGAGUGGUGGCAAGUCUGGGUGGCGAGAGAGUGAAGGGGGACACGUUCUCCCUUCUCACUUCGUCAGCAGAAGCAGUGGCGAACCUUACCCAAGCAACCUCCACCUUCCUGGCCACGCACCAGCUGGAUGGCCUGGAGGUGGACUGGCGUUGGCCUAGUGACGCGAAGGCUAGGGCGGAUCUGACCACUCUCAUUAAGGUUCUCAGACUCGUGUUGGAUCAGAAGGUGCAUAAUGUGACCAAGCGAGCAGCGCCGGAGGAGGAGCUGGUAGUAACGACGGAGGCGGUGACGGAGGUGACAACUGAGUACGAGGAGGAGGGAGCGACGACCACUCUUGUCCCGUUCUUGGAGGAUGAUGGAAGCCUGGGCAAAGAUUACGACGCCCUUGAGACUGGCUUCGAGUACGCGGUGACGGUGCAGCCGCUGGAGGAUGAGGAUUUAACGACCACAACAACGACCACUAGCACUGACGCACCCACCACCACCACCACCACCCCCUCUGUACCUAACUCCACCUCCACCACCACCACCACCACGACGGAGGCUCCCACUCAGAGGUCCGCUGGUUGGACUUUCGGCAAGAGGGGCCAGCGAGGAGGAGGAGGAGGAGGAGGAGGAGGAGGAGGAGGAGGAGGAAGGAGGCGAGGCUUACUGAGGAGGAGACUACUGAAGCCAGCAGCGCCCGGUGGAACUGAGGAAGAGGAGGAGGAGGAGGAGGAGGAGGGAAAGCUGCUGAUCCUUGCCGUGGCCCCCAACCCGGAGUACAUCGUGAAGGGAUACGACCUGAAGGAAUUGGCAAAGGUGGUGGAUUUCUUCUCGCUGCCCACACACAACUUGACCAUUGAAGAUCCAAGCAUGACGUACCACCCCGCGAGGCUCAUGGGACUGGCUGACCUGCAAAACGCUGACUCCCUCGUGGACUUAGCCGCUGGUCUUGGCGUGCCCCUGGAGAAACUUGUACUGAGUGUGCCCGAGACGGUUCUAUCCUUCACCCUGGAAAACACCACCCUCACCACGCCCCGCUCCCCAGCCACCGACGCGCCCACGCCCAUGUCCUACUCUCAGGCAUGCGAGGCCAUGGCGAGAGGCAACUGGACUGUGGAGAGGGACCAGGAUCUCACGGCGCCCUACGCUUUCUCUAAUCAAACCUGGAUGGCCUUCGACGACCCCAGCAGCGUCAAGGUUAAGAGCAAGUACGCUUUGCUACGAGGUCUGGCGGGUGUGGCACUGCGAGGAGUGGAUCAGGCGGAUCAUGAGGGCACGUGUGGAUAUGGACGCUACCCACUUCUCUCCACUGUCUACACCACUUUCACUGAGCUCGCCCGGUCACCUCGCCGUGCGGUGCUGAACAGUCUAGUGGUAGACCUUACACAGUCCCCCUCUGUGCCUUCCGACCUGCGUACAUCGCCCUUCAGAAUAGUGAGGGUUGUGGACAGGUCAGGUGACAUUAAGGCAAUCAGGGAGUCAGCGGCGGCGACUCGCUACCAGUGCUCUCGCCAAGGCUUUUACCGUGAUCCUGAUGAUUGCUCAAACUUCUACCGAUGUGCCAAGUUCAACCAAUACGUGGACGACUUUACUGUGUUCGAGUACUCAUGUCCAAAAGGCUUGGUGUUCGACGACCGCUGGGAGGUGUGUGCCUGGCCCUCGGCAGCACCCCCUUGCGAUGGCUCAUCCGAAAUCUUCCCAGUGCCAAAACAAAAGUUCAUAUGCCCAGGUGAAGGUUACUUUACUGAUCCCGAAAACUGCCGGUGGUUCUUUGCUUGUCUCGACCAUUUCGGCAAUAACACAUACAUGCAAUAUGAGUUCCGUUGUCCCUUCGGUCUUGCCUACGACGAAGCCAAUUAUAUAUGCAACUGGCCAUGGCUGGUGAGUAGCUGCGGCAGGAAUGGCAUUGGCUACUUAGACCUUACCCCUGGAGCAGCACCUGUCAGUGUCAGCGACGUGGCUGGACGACGUCCAUUUGCAAAGAAUAUACCAACAAAGAAGGUGGCUGCUCAGAGUAUCCAGAGCGAGACCAAGACCAAAGGAGGCUGCACUGACUGUAGUGGUAGUGGUUCAGUGGAGCUGGCCAUAGGAGGCAAGGGUGUUUAUAGCCAUGAAAAGGGUCUUAUUAUCUCUCCAAACCUGAGCAAUGAACGUCUCUCCUACAAGGCCUACAAAGAAAGUAUAGAGCUUUCCGGUGAGAAGUCCCAGGGUGGCUUCACAGCUAAGGUACCUGGCGGAGGAGUAGCAGCAGUAGCUUUUGGCUCAGCUCUUCCUUCAGGUGCGUCUUUCUCAAGAGACAGGGAUUCUCACAGACAAGAUUCUUCCUCUGGAAAACAUCAAGCAGGGUCUUCAGAAGGAUCUGCAUCCGACCGUAACGCGAUUAGGACACCUGGGACGUCACCUGGAUAUUCUUAUAGCGCUCCAUCCACCGCUCCCCAGCCCACCCCUGUUACUGCCACCGAGGGUUAUGACUACCCAAGUCCAAGGCAACCCACACGUAUAACAUCCCGUGGACGGCCAUUCGGAUCUCGCAGGCGACCUAGCACCUCCCACGAAGCUUCCUCAGAAGAAUACUCGUCGGCCCGUCCCAGCGGCCAACCCUCCAGCUCGUCCCACAGCGGUAAAACAUCCGUGACUUCUUCCCGUGGUCGACCCUCAACUUCAAGAAGGCCCACUCCUGCCCCAUCAACAGGAGGCUAUUCCUACGCCGAGCCCUCUGCUCCCCUCCAACCCACUCCUUCCAGUCGCCGCCCAUCCACUCGUCGGCCAUCCAGUCGCCGCCCAUCUAGUAGCCGCCCAUCUAGUAGAAGGCCCUCCAGCCGAAGGCCCUCUAGUCGCCAACCCUCCACUUCCUACACAAACAACCCUGCACCUACCACUGGGUACACCUAUCCCACCCCCUCUACUCCCUUCCAAACCAUCCCUGGAGGUGACGGUUCAUCUUCAUCCUCAUCGUCAGAAGAGGACACAAGGGUCACGCCCUCUGGGUACUCAUACUCUCCUCCAAGCACCUCCCUCACUCCUGGUGGCCAUGUCACUGUUUCUAAGCCCUCCUCUGUCACUUCUCCACCGCGUGUCUACCCAACACCUACUCCUUACAAACCUCUAACACCCCGACCUUCAACAGGGUAUUCCUAUCCUGAGCCAAGCCAGUCUUCAUCAUCCGUCACACCACACUCCAGGCCUGGCCAGAACAUAGUGGACACUGGGUAUGGUCAAGGGUCCAGCAGUGAGGAGUCAAGGGAGGGAGGCUACAGCUACUCACCACCCAGCACACCAUUCACCUCACCUCGCCCAUCAUCCACAAGACGAGUCACCGCGCCUCGCCCACAACCAGUAACUCCUCCAACUUCUGGCUACUCUUACAGUCCUCCAUCAAUAUCUUUUGACCCUGUAAGACCCUCAGCGUCCUCUGAGAGCGACGAAUCCUCCCAGAGAACGUCUAAUGAAGUGGGAGGUGGAUCAUCUGGAUACUCCUACCAGACACCAGCAAACCCAUUCCUCUUGUCAACGAAACAGCCUGGAUUUACCCCAGCAAGACCCACCCCGACACCUGGUUACCGCGCACCUAGUCCAACAUCACGUCCAGCAACACGACCAACUUCCGGAACUGGAAAGAGAAGGCCCACUCCCCGUCCUGCCCAGAUUCCCGACUCCUCCAGCUCUGAGGGCGGCUACUCCUACAAUGAACCAAGUAAGCUCUUCACAUUGCCGGGAAGCAGCCAGUCUGCAGGUUCUUCUUCCUCUUCUCGAGGCCAGAUAAGCGGAUACUCCUAUCAACCUCCGUCAGCAGACAGGGCCUUCAAUCCCUUCGGCUCGCUAUCAAGCGGUUCACAGGAGAGCAGCGAGGAACACAGAUUGAAGAGCAGCUCAGGACACUCCGGCAGUUCAUCACACUUCACUGCUGGGGCAGCCGGAUCAGGAGGCCGCGGAGGAAGUGGCGUAUCAGGAAGUGGUGGAUCAAGUCGCUUCAGUGAUGGUGGAUCAGGAGGCCGAGGUGGAAGCGGUGGAUCAGGAGGCCGAGGCGGCAGCGGUGGAUCUGCUGCAUAUGGUGGAAGUGGUGGAUCAAGUCAUUUCAGCUUUGGUGGAUCAGGAAGCCACAGCGGUAGCAGUGAAUCAGCAGAACACAGAGCUAGUGGUGGAUCAGGACGCCGAGGUGGCAGCGGUGGAUCAGGAGGCCGAGGUGGCAGCGGUGGAUCCGGACUGGGUGGAUCAAGCCAUUUCAGCAUCGGUGGAUCUGGUGGUCAUGGGGGCAGUGGUGGAUCAGGCAGUGGAGCAUUAGGAGGUCGCGGCGGUAGCAGUGGAUCAGGAUACAGUGGAAGUGAUGGAUCUAGAGGUCAGAGCGGCAGUGGUGGAUCAAGUCACUUCAGCUUUGGUGGAUCAGGAAGCCAUGGCGGGAGUGGUGGAUCAGGACUAGUUGGAAGUGGUGGAUCAGGACACAGUGGAAGUAGCGGAUCAGAUCACUUCAGUUUUGGUGGAUCAGGAGCCCACAGCGGAAGCAGCGAAUCAGCAGAACACAGCAGUAGAGGUGGCUCAGGAGGACGAGGUGGCAGUGGUGGAUCAGGAAGCCGAGGUGGAAGUGGUGGAUCACGAGGAUACAGUGGAAGCAGCGGAUCAAGCCACUUCAGUGUUGAUGGAUCCGGAGACCAUGGCAGCAGUGGUGGAUCAGGCGGAGGCAGCAGUGGUGGAUCAAGAGACAGUGGAAGUGGUGGAUCGAGUCACUUAAGCUUUGGUGGAUCAGGAAGCCAUGGCAGCAGUGGCGGAUCAGGAGCACGAGUAGGAAGUGGUGGAUCAGGAGGCCGAGGUGGCAGUGGUGGAUCAAGAGGAUACAGUGGAAGUGGUGGAUCAAGCCACUUCAGCAUUGGUGGAUCAGGGCACAGUGGCAGCAGUGAAUCCACAGAACACAGAAGCAGCUUUGGAUCAGGAGCACGAGGAGGAAGUGCCGGAUCAGGAGGCCGAGGCGGAAGUGGUGGAUCAAGAGGAAGCAGUGGAUCAAGUCACUUUAGCACCAGUGGAUCAGGUAGCCUCAGCGGUAGUGGUGGAUCAGGAGGGCGAGGUGGAAGUCACGUGAACAUCGGUGGUUCAGCAGGACAGACUGGAAGCGGUGGAUCAAGUCACUUUAGCUUCGGUGGAUCAACCGGCCAUGAUAGUAGUGGUGGAUCAAGUGGAAGAGGAGGAAGUGGAGGAUCUGGAGGAAGAGGAGGAUCAGGAUACAGCGGAAGCGAUGAAUCAAGCCACUUCAACUUUGGUGGAUCAGGAGGUCGUGGCAGCAGUGGAUCAUCACACAGUGGAAGUGGUGGGUCAAGUCAAUUCAGCUUUGGUGGAUCAGGAGCCCACAGCGGAAGCAGUGAAUCAGCAGAACAAAGCAGCCGAGGUGGAUCAGGAAGUCGCAGCAGCAGUGGUGGAUCAGGAGGACGAGGUGGAAGUGAUGGAUCAUCAGGAUACAGUGGAAGCAGCGGAUCAAGCCACUUCAGCUCUGGUGGAUCAACAGGAAGUGGAAGUGGUGGAUCAAGUCACUUCAGUCUUGGCGGAUCUGGUAGCGGUGGAUCAGGAGGCCGAGGAUCAUCAGGACAUAGUGCAAGCAGCGGAUCAAGCCACUUCGGCUCUGGUGGAUCAGGAACAAAGAGCAGCAGCGGUGGAUCAAGCCACUUCAGCUUUGGUGGAUCAGGGCAGAGCGGCAGCAGUGAGUCAGCAGAACACAGCAGCAGAGGUGGAUCAGGAGGUCGCGGCAGCAGUGGUGGAUCAGGAUACAGUGGAAGUGGUGGAUCCUCAAGUCACUUCAGCCUUGGUGGAUCAGGAGGCCGCGGCAGUAGUGGUGGAUCAGGUGGACGAGGAUCGUCAGGACACAGUGGAAGCAGUGGAUCAAGCCACUUUAGCUCUGGUGGAUCAGGGACUCAUAGCAGCAGCGGUGGAUCGGCAGGAAGUGGAAGUGGUGGAUCAAGUCACUUCAGCUUUGGUGGAUCAGGGACUCAUAGCAGCAGCGGUGGAUCGGCAGGAAGUGGAAGUGGUGGAUCAAGUCACUUCAGCUCUGGUGGAUCAGGGACUCAUAGCAGCAGCAGUGGAUCGGCAGGAAGUGGAAGUGGUGGAUCAAGUCACUUCAGCUUUGGUGGAUCAGGACACAGCGGCAGCAGUGAGUCAGCAGAACAUAGCAGCAGAGGUGGAUCAGGAGGUCGCGGCAGCAGUGGUGGAUCAGGAUACAGUGGAAGUGGUGGAUCCUCAAGUCACUUCAGCACUGGUGGAUCAGGAGGCCGCGGCGGUAGUGGUGGAUCAGGUGGACGUGGUGGUAGCGAAGGACGUGGUGGAUCGUCAGGACACAGUGGAAGCAGCGGAUCAAGCCACUUCAGCUUCGGUGGAUCAGGAAGUCAGAGCAGCAGCAGUGGAAGUGGAAGCGGUGGAUCAAGUCACUUCAGCUUUGGUGGAUCAGAUCACAGCGGCAGCAGCGAAUCAUUUGAGUACAGAGGCAGUAGUGGAAGCAGUGGAUCCAGUCAUCUGAGCGGUGGUGGAUCAGGAUCGCGAGGUGGAAGCAGUGGAAGCAGUGGAUCAAGCCAUCUCAGCGGUGGUGGAUCAGGAUCGCAAGGUGGAAGUGGUGGAUCAAGCCACUUCAGCUUUGGUGGAUCAGGAAGUCAGAGCAGCAGCGGUGGAUCAGCAGGAAGUGGAAGUGGUGCAUCCAGUCACUUCGGUUUGGGAGGAUCAGGACACAGCAGCAGAGGUGGAUCAGGAGGCCAAGGUGGAAGUAGUGGUUUAUCAGGCCACAGUGGAAGUGGAGGAUCAAGUCACUUUAGCUUUGGUGGAUCAGGAGGCCAGAGUGGAAGCAGCGAGUCAGCAGAACACAGCGGCAGGGGCAGUGGCGGAUCAGAAGGACGAGUUGGAAGUGGUGGAUCAGGAUAUACCAGCAGUGGUGGAUCAAGCCACUUUAGCAUUGGUGGAUCAGCAAGUCAGAGCAGCAGUGGUGGAUCAGGAGGAAGAGGUGGAAGUGGAGGAUCAGGUGGACGAGGUGAUAGUGGAUCAUCAGGAAGCCACUUCAGCAUCAGUGGAUCAGGCACCCAUAGUGUAAGCAGUGAAUCUGCGGAACACAGCACCAGGGGCGGAUCAGGAGGACGAGGUGGAAGCGGUGGAUCAUCAGGAUACAGAGGAAGUGGUGGAUCUAGUCACUUCAGUCUUGGUGGAUCCGGAGGACAUGGCAGCAGCGGUGGAUCAGGAGGCCGAGGAUCAUCAGGACGUGGAGGAAGCAGUGGGUCAAGCCAUUUCAGCUCUAGUGGAUCAGCAGGAAGUGGAGGUAGUGGAUCAAGUCACUUCAACUUUGGUGGAUCAGGGCACAGUGGCAGUAGCGAGUCAGCAGAACACAGCAGCCGAGGUGGAUCAGGAGGUCGCGGCAGCAGUGGUGGAUCAGGAUACAGUGGAAGUGGUGGAUCCUCAAGUCACUUCAGCACUGGUGGAUCUGGAUCUCAUGGCAGCAGCGGUGGAUCAGGAGCACGUGGUAGUGAUGGAUCAUCAGGACAUGGUGCAAGCAGCGGAUCAAGCCACUUCGGCUCUGGUGGAUCAACAGGAAGUGGAAGUGGUGGAUCAAGUCACUUCAGUCUUGGCGGAUCUGGUAGCGGUGGAUCAGGAGGCCGAGGAUCAUCAGGACAUAGUGCAAGCAGCGGAUCAAGCCACUUCGGCUCUGGUGGAUCAGGAACAAAGAGCAGCAGCGGUGGAUCAAGCCACUUCAGCUUUGGUGGAUCAGGGCAGAGCGGCAGCAGUGAGUCAGCAGAACACAGCAGCAGAGGUGGAUCAGGAGGUCGCGGCAGCAGUGGUGGAUCAGGAUACAGUGGAAGUGGUGGAUCCUCAAGUCACUUCAGCACUGGUGGAUCAGGAGGCCGCGGCAGUAGUGGUGGAUCAGGUGGACUAGGAUCGUCAGGACACAGUGGAAGCAGUGGAUCAAGCCACUUUAGCUCUGGUGGAUCAGGGACUCAUAGCAGCAGCGGUGGAUCAGCAGGAAGUGGAAGUGGUGGAUCAAGUCACUUCAGCUUUGGUGGAUCAGGACACAGCGGCAGCAGUGAGUCAGCAGAACAUAGCAGCAGAGGUGGAUCAGGAGGUCGCGGCAGCAGUGGUGGAUCAGGAUACAGUGGAAGUGGUGGAUCUUCAAGUCACUUCAGCACUGGUGGAUCAGGAGGCCGCGUCGGUAGUGGUGGAUCAGGUGGACGUGGUGGUAGCGAAGGACGUGGUGGAUCGUCAGGACACAGUGGAAGCAGCGGAUCAAGCCACUUCAGCUUCGGUGGAUCAGGAAGUCAGAGCAGCAGCAGUGGAAGUGGAAGCGGUGGAUCAAGUCACUUCAGCUUUGGUGGAUCAGAUCACAGCGGCAGCAGCGAAUCAUUUGAGUACAGAGGCAGUAGUGGAAGCAGUGGAUCCAGCCAUCUGAGCGGUGGUGGAUCAGGAUCGCGAGGUGGAAGCAGUGGAAGCAGUGGAUCAAGCCAUCUCAGCGGUGGUGGAUCAGGAUCGCGAGGUGGAAGUGGUGGAUCAAGCCACUUCAGCUUUGGUGGAUCAGGAAGUCAGAGCAGCAGCGGUGGAUCAGCAGGAAGUGGAAGUGGUGCAUCCAGUCACUUCGGAGUCGGUGGAAGUGGUGGAUUAGGAUCACGAGAUGGAAGCAGUGGAAGUGGUGGAUCAAGUCACUUCAGCUUUGGUGGAUCAGGCCACAGCGGCAGCAGUGAAUCAGCAGAACACAGCGGCAGCGGCAGUGGUGGAUCAGGAUACAGAGGAAGUGGUGGAUCAAGCCACUUUAGUAUUGGUGGAUCAGAAAGCCAUGGCAGCAGCGGUGGAUCAGGACGAGGAAGCAGCGGUGGAUCAGGAUUCGGUGGAAGUGGUGGAUCAGGUCACUUCGGCAGUGGUGGAUCAGGAAGCCAAGGCAGCAGCGGUGGAUCAGGUUUCGGUGGAAGUGGUGGAUCAAGUCAUUUCAGCAUAGGUGGAUCAGGAGACCACAGUGGCAGCAGUGAAUCCUCAGAACAUGGCCGAGGUGGUGGAUCAGGAGGACGUGGUGGAAGUGGUGGAUCAGGUGGACGAGGCAGCAGUGGCGGAUCAGGAUUUGGUGGAAGCGGUGGAUCAAGUCACUUCAGCAGUGGAGGAUCAGGAGGAAGAGGUGGAAGCGGCGGAUCAGGAGGAGGAGGCGGCAGUGGUGGAUCAGGUGGACGAGGCAGCAGUGGCGGAUCAGGAUUUGGUGGAAGCGGUGGAUCAAGUCACUUCAGCAUUGGUGGAUCAGGAGGCCAAGGAGGCAGUGGUGGAUCAGGAGGUUAUGGUGGAAGUGGUGGAUCAGGCGGUCGUGGCAGCACUGGUGGAUCAGGAUUCGGUGGAAGUGGUGGAUUAAGUCACUUCGGCAGUGGAGGAUCAGACCACAGUGGCAGCAGCGAAUCAUCAGAACAUGGCCGUGGAGGCGGAUCAGGAAGGCGGGGAGGAAGCGGUGUAUCAGGAGCGCGAGGUGGAAGCGGUGGAUCAGGAGGAUAUAGUGGAAGCGGUGGAUCCGGAGGACGAGGUGGAAGCGGUGGAUCAGGAUUCGGUGGAAGUGAUGGAUCAAGUCACUUCAGCAUUGGUGGAUCAGGAAGCCAAGGCGGCAGUGGUGGAUCAGGCGGUCAAGGCGGUAGUGGUGGAUCAGGAGGUCGCGGCGGCAGUGGUGGAUCAGGCGGUCGCGGCAGCAGUGGCGGAUCAGGAGGCUAUGGAGGUGAUGGGGGAUCAGGAGGAUUUGGCGGAUCAGGAGGAGUCGGUGGAGUCGGUGGAGUCGGCGGAGUCGGCGGAUCAGGCGGUCGCGGCGGCAGUGGUGGAUCAGGAGGAUUCGGUAGAGUCGGCGGAUCAGGUGGACGUGGCAGCAGCGGCGGAUCAGGAGGAUUCGGCGGAAGCGGCGGAUCAGGCGGCUUAGGAUACAGCGGAGGCAGCGGAUCAGGUCACUUUGGGCUCGGUGGAUCAGGAGACGACAGCGGGAGUGAUGAAUCGACGGAGCACGGCAGAGGUGGAUCACGCAACACUGGCGGUCUGGGUGGAAGUCGCGGCUACGGAGCAGGAGGCAGGAAGAAAACAGGUGGCAGGAGGAGUAGGCCCUUGAGUGGCAGUCAGGCUCUGGUGUCUAAACUGAGCGGGAAGAGACACAAGCUGGAGAGAUUCGGCCCAGGAGGAAGGAGGGACUUCGAUGACACUCUCGGCCCGGAGGUGUGCGAGAGGGCCGGGCUCUUCAGACAUCCUGACACCUGCGAUAAAUUCUACGAGUGUUACUGGGACAAGUGGCUCGACAGGUUCACUCUCCACGUAUUCGACUGUCCUGUAACUAUUGUGUAUGACUCCGGAAUCAGCGCUUGUAACUGGCCCUUCAACGGUCCCCCCUGCAAGGAGUGAAGGCCCGAGCAACGCCAUGUCCCUCUUAGUCCUACAUAGAGAGAGCUAUUACAGUCUUCCAUAUUUCUAAAAAAGGUUUCUCAAAUAGGACUAUAUUUUUUACAACUUUGUGAGAUUAAUGCUGACGUGUGAUAUAGAAUUACUUAAGUGAUGUGCCUGCCUCUCCCUUCGCUUUUGUCAGUCAUCGGUAAGAAAUAUAUACAUUCAUACUACAUGGUAAUCUGGUGUCCUAUAACUCAUCAGGACAAACACGGACACAUCACCUACAAAACAUGUCCCUCCCUGGCCAGCGUGACCUUCCAUCUCCACCCCUCCCUUCACCCAAGCAUCUACCCCCCUCCUCCUCCUCCCUCUCCUGCCUGGUUCAGUAGGGGGAGGUGGACCGGGCAAGGAGGUCCGCUGUGCAAAUCAUCUGUUAAAUAUUCCUAAAGAUUUAUUUAUUUAAAACUAUUUAUUGCCGUAUGUGUGUGUGUGUGUGUGUGUGUGUGUGUGUGUGUGUGUGUGUGUGUGUGUGUGUGUGUGUGUGUGUGUG